AUGGUUUCGACUAUUUUCUUGAUUCUAACUAUUAUUUUGAGUUCCAGUAGUGCAGGAGCCACAUCUCGUGGGGAUCUCUUUGAAACCUCGGCCACGGAGGAACAUGAGCAAUGGAUGGCUCGAUUCCAUCGUGUUUACUCCAGCGAAUCUGAGAAGAGGAGUAGGUUCGAGAUCUUUAAGAAGAACUUGGAGUUUGUCCGGAGCUUCAACAUGAAAAAGAACAGAACAUACGAGAUGGGUGUCAAUGAGUUCUCUGAUCUCACUGAUGAGGAAUUCCGGGCAACCUACACUGGACUAGUUAUCCCCGAGGGUAUGACCGGAAAUUUAACAUUCGAGUCAAGCAAAUCGGUGCCGUUUAGAUAUGGAGAUAGUGAUGCCGCCGAGAGCAUGGAUUGGAGAAACGAGGGGGCCGUUACACCCGUUAAAAACCAAGGCUCAUGCGGAGCUUGUUGGGCGUUUGCGGCCGUAGCGGCCGUUGAAGGCUUAACAAAGAUUAAGACAGGCAAGAUUCUAACGUUGUCAGAACAACAACUAGUAGAUUGCAACACACUAACCAAUGGAUGUCUCGGAGGGUUGGCGGCAAAAGCUUAUGAGUACAUAAUCAAAAACCAAGGCAUUACCACAGAGCAAAACUAUCCCUACCAAGCAUCACAAAAAUCCUGUCCUUCAGCUACCCAAUCAGGUUAUUUCGCUGCUGCUACGAUCAGCGGAUACGAGGCGGUUCCAGCGAAUAACGAGGACGCAUUGCUAAAGGCGGUGAGUCAACAGCCUGUUUCCGUGAGGAUAGAAGGGAGUGGGGAUGCGUUUAGGCACUACUUGAACGGUAUAUUCAACGGGGGGUGUGGGACGGAUUUGCAUCACGCGGUCACGAUUGUUGGUUAUGGAAUGAGUGUAGAAGGGACUAAGUAUUGGGUGGUGAAGAAUUCAUGGGGGGAAACAUGGGGAGAAGGUGGUUAUAUGAGGAUCAAGAGAGACGUUGAUGCACCCCAAGGAAUGUGUGGUUUGGCCAUGGCUCCUACCUAUCCACUCGGUUAA